CAAAUGCCAAAUUGCAAAAGUUAAAGUUUUGUUUUGCGAAAUUUUGCGAAUUGCGAUCUCAAACAAUGCACAAAGCUAAACAAAUCUAAUUUAAGUCGUAAUAAUGCGCGUAAACAUAUCAUAGUGUCUUGAACACAAGAAGGCUUUGCCAUCACAAAUUUACGAAAUAUUUUAUCUUCAACCCGAAAUUAUGUUAAGACUACCAGUUUUGAGGGGUGCAGUCCGAAAAAACUCCCACAUAAGGUGGAAAUCGUCGAGCAAUGAUAUAAGAAGUACAUAUAUCGAGUACUUCGUAGAGAAACAUGGGCAUAAACAUAUAAAAUCCAGUUCUGUGGUGCCCUUAUGUGAUCCUACAGUGCCCUUUGUAAAUGCUGGUAUGAACCAGUUCAAAGGUGUGUUCCUGGGUGUGGUAGACGCCCCAUGUGCCAGGGCAGUGAACUCUCAGAAGUGUGUGAGAGUGGGGGGCAAGCACAAUGAUCUGGAUUUGGUUGGCACAGAUGGACACCAUCAUACGUUCUUUGAGAUGCUCGGCAAUUGGUCCUUUGGAGAUUAUCAUAAGAAGGAAGCAUGUCAAAUGGCCUGGGACCUUUUACUGGGUCCAUACAGGUUGAAGCCUGAGAAUCUGUUGGUGACUUACUUUGCUGGUGAUGCAGUUAUUGGCCUGCAAGAAGACAAGGAGUGCAGGGAUAUUUGGAAGGAGAUUGGGGUACCCGCAAGUCGUAUCAAAGCCCACGGCGCGAGGGACAACUUUUGGGAGAUGGGUCCCACCGGUCCCUGCGGCCCGUGCACAGAGAUACACUACGUACAUCCAGACGGGAGUCUCACUGAAAUAUGGAACAUUGUGUUUAUACAGUGUAAUAGAGAAGCCGACGGCAAAGUGACAGGACUUCGCAAACUUCACGUAGACACUGGUAUGGGGCUGGAGCGGAUGGCGGCUUUACUGCAGGGGGUGCCUUCCAACUAUGAGACUGACUUAUUCCGACCUCUCAUCGAUACUAUACAUAAGAAAAGUAAGGGCGUAUCGGCGUACAGCGGCAGUUACAGCGCCGACGCAGCGUUGGACCAGGCUUACAGGCGUCUGGCAGAUCACGCGCGUAUGGUCAGCGUCUGCCUAGCCGACGGCGUAUUCCCCUCCACUAGUCUCAAUCUAAAACAAAUCAUGCGAAAAUCAUACAAAAUAAGCACAGACGUAUUCCAAAAUCCUGACUUACUAUCGAUCCUUUACAACGAAGUAAGAAACACACUAGGAGAUACUUACCCCGAAUUAGUGGCAAAGGAAAAAGAGGCAAAGUUGAUAAUAGACCACGAAAGGGAGGGUUAUGCCAAAUUGCGGACGAAUCUUAGGAAAAAGUGGAAGGAUUUGGUCAAAGGGUAUCCUGAGGUGGAAGCCAUGAAUGAUGUCGAGAUUGCGGGCUUUGCGCUGGGGUAUAAGGAAAUGAAGGAGACCAUGGCAAAGUUAAAAUCGAAAAUAAUACCCGGAGAAUUAGUAUUCAAACUGUACGACACACACGGUUUCCAAGAGGACACCAUCCAAAGGGUAGCAAGACUGAACAACUUCGAAAUUGACAAGAAAGGCUUCUGGAAACUUCUUUCCGACCACAAGAUGAGGCACAAAACCGCCUUCAAAGAACAGACUUCGAAAAAGGGAAUGUUAUUCGACAAAGCGAUAGAAAAGUUGCACGAAAAUGGAAUCAAAAAGACUGACGAUAGUCCAAAAUACAAUUUAGAACAAUCAAAAAACCAAAUUACCUUUAAACCUUUAGAAACAAAAUUAGUAGCUUUAUUAAACGAAGACUGCGAGUGGAUAGACUUUUCCGAACCAAGCGAAAAUAGACCUUAUUACUUAGUAACUGAAAGCACAAAUUUCUACUGCGAAGAGGGUGGCCAAAUAUCUGAUGAAGGAUUAGCAUAUUUCAGCGAAGAUAUAGGUUUCAAAGUUGAAAGUGUUUUCAAAAUACGCGACAUUAUUUUCCAUAAGGGCUAUUUUGUUAUGAAUAAAAAUAAUGAUGAAAAUAUGUCUGAAAUGAGUUUAUAUGUAAACAGAGGACAAGAAGUGACUUUAGAAAUAGAUGGUGUAAGAAGACUGAAUGUGAUGAGGAAUCACAGUGGGGUGCAUCUAUUGAACGCAGCGAUUAGGAAGGUUUUGAGGCACAGUGUGAUAUGUCAGGUUGGGUCGUCUGUGACGGAUAAGGGCUUGUCCUUGAGUUUGUCGGUUUAUGGAGAGAAGUUAUCUCAGAAGGUUGUGUUAGAAGCUCAGGAGAUGAUACGAGAAGCAAUCAAAUCAAACGCGCCGAUAGUGACGCAAAUCCUGAACAGCACGCAGCUAUCUAUGCUGAUGCCCAAUGUGCUGACGGUGCCUGGAGAGACCUACCCCGAGUCCGGCAUACGACUGGUGUCCAGCGCGCCACCUUUGAUCUCACGAGAGCUGUGUUGCGGCACGCACGUCCCAGCGGCGGGCGUGUUGGGGGAGUUCUGCAUCACGCAAGUGAAGGGCGCGGGCGGAAACACCCCGGUCAUAUAUGCGCUCACGGGCGAAGCGGCGGCGCAGGCGCGCGAGUUGUUCUGUCGCGCUCAGAAGCUGGCUGAAGUGAUAGAGCUGGCGGAUCCGGAGCGGGUAAAGGACGAGGUAUCCACCAUCAAGCAGGGGUUGAACGCGCUCACAGGCGCGAGCGGUGCGCCGAGCGGGGACUACAAGGAUUGCCUGGAACUGUUGGAUAGCUUGACCAAGAAGGCUACUACGAAUAAGAAUGAUUUGGCUUUACAGGCGAUAGCCAAAGCGGAAGUCGCGGAUGCGUGUGAAGAGGCGCGUCGAUCGGGACGCAGGUUCGCAGUACACUUCCUGCGCUGCUCCUACCUCAUGCAGAGCGACACUGUGCGGGCCGCAGUCGGCACCGACCAGUCGCUGCCCACGCUGCUGUUGGGGUGUGCGGGCGGCACCAUCGUAGCCGCUGCUAGGGUGCCUCAGGAAAUGGUAACAUCAAGUUUCACGGCAGAGAAGUGGCUGUCGUGCCUGUUGCCCAUCUUCCACGCGAGCGUGCUGCCGCCCAGCGCCGACCGCUCCCCGCUCACAUAUGCCGAGAUGAGCGAUACUAAGGUGAGCCUCAUCAACUGCGAGCUGCUGGUGCAGGACGCGAUGCGCGUCGCCAUCAAGUACGCGCAGGCGCACUACCGGCACGCGGACGACGCGGACAAGGCCGCGCAGCACAACUGAACCGCCGGACGCUACACUAUGAUAGAGAAGACCCCAGGACUGUCAAAAUGAUUAGACUUCCUCGCUGCGCUUAGGAUUCUACCAGUGGCGUGCACAGGGUGUAAAGACUGGGUAGGCAUUUAGGUAGGAGGAACCUUUUUAUCCUGGCGGGUCAUAAUGGAAAAGACCAAGCAGGAGUUAUGACCUGCACGCUAUUGGCCUAUAGCUUUAUAAAAUAAAAAUAAUUUUAAUAAAGUAGAUAGUUGUGACUAAAUCUACUGUACACAAUCUCUCAACUAAAAUGACAGGUCCAAAUAUAUUGCUAACUCUUUCUCUUUUAAAUACUACCUGCGGAAAAGGAUAGUGUCAGAUUUAGCCCUGUCCAUUUAGUUUCAGCUUAGGAUCGAUUUUUCAAUCGUCAAAUAACUUUUAUCUAAGGAAUAAAUUUGACGUUUUUCCGUCGACGACAGAUUUCCUAUAGAAAAAAAAUUAUUCCUCAGAUAAAAGUUGUUUGACUAUUGAAAAACCAGCCCUUAGAGAUUGUACAAAUUAGUCAGUGAUUAUAAAAAAUACAAUAAGUAUUUCAUUAAAUUGCGUGCUACCAAUAGUAUAUGGAUGUAAAUUAUUUUUCUAGUCGUUUAUGUUAAUUUGAAUAAAACAAUU